UCACAGCCACUCCACUGCUCUACCACCAUACCACCAUGCACGCCUCUGUAGCCCGCCGCACCCUUAGCGGCCUUGUGCCUCCCAAAAUUGCCACACCUAAGCUCGUCUCGGGCGACUCCGCCGGUCCCCUUGGUCCGCUUGUCUCCUUCUACUCGAAACUUCCCAAGGGCCCCGCCCCCGUGCCGGCUGUUCAAGGCAUAAAGGGACGCUACUUCAGCGGAAAGAACGCCAGUGCGAAGCCUGCUCUGGUUCUUAUCGGUGGAUUGUGGCUUCUCGGGUACACCAUAGACUACCAGAUGCACCUGAAGCACCACAAGAACAACGCGCACUAGAGUGGCAUGGCUCUGGACGGAGGAUGAAUGGUAGCCGAGCUUGCGCACUGCAGAACUGCUGUAGAUAUCGAAAUGGAAUGACCCUCGAUUUAUGCCUGCUCCUGAAUCGUCCGUUACUUUCCUGGCUUUGGUGGUCGCAGUCCGGACCAUGUUGAACUUUCGCCUCCUUUCUUCGUGAGUUGGCAAGUGUUGCACCUGAUCAUCAAGUUGUCCCGCUCGUUCAUGCAGAGCAAAGCUCCUUUCAACAAUCGCCAGAUCCAAGUAGAGAUCACUGUCUCUUUCAGCUUACUCAGACAAGCUUGGACUCUGCCACCUUGCUCUGCAUCCUUUUUUCUACCACCACACCCAUACUCGAGCUGAUGCAAAUCCAGGAGACGGGGGCACAGGCACUGGAUCAGCUUCCAGCCUGCGUUCAUCGCGCGGUCGUAUCCUACAUCCUACCUCGGACU